AAACAAAGAAGUUAUUGUUUCAUUUGAUAUUUUUUUAUAUCCAAUAUUAGUUGGCGUUUAAUUGGAUUAUGGAAUGGCAGUAUAAAUAGUAUAAUAGCAACUCACUCAUUCUACCCAAGUUUCAUAGUUACUUAUGAGGGGCACAUCUUCAAAAUUUCAGUAUGGAGCUCCUAUUCAGUUUCUUCAUUGUGGCUGUUGCAAGUAUUUUGCAAGUUCAGGGAGAGAACAGUGUCAACUAUGUUAAUGACGAUGGUAUACAACUUGUUGAUGUUCCUCUGUUCACAAGGGAAGUCCUUGGACCUAUAAUAGAGUUGAUUGAGUACUAUGGCGUUGAGUGCGUGACCCUACCCUAUCGCGUACAAACAACACCGAAUAGAUCUUAUGGAAAAGUUUUCAAGAUCUACUAUUUCAACAUCUCUGGAGGUCCAAAAGUGGAGAUGUGUCACGCUAGAAUUAUGUCUGGAGCACGAUUUCCAAAUGUCGAUCAAAUAGUCUGCGAUGAAUUCGUUCAUCCAGAACAGACGUACUAUGCCGGCCGAAGCUCAGUAUUCAACGCCCGAAACACAGCAUUCAAAGCCCGAAGCUCACCAAACUCCAGAAUUUAUGGAAGGUCACUAUACCCUGAAUAUAAUGGUAGGCAACUAUCAAGAGCAAAUCAAAGAAUAGGUAUGCCCUAUAAUUAGUAGAUUUCUGAAUGUAAUUUGAGAAAAUAAAUAUUCAUAAAACCUA